AUGAUUGUGCCACCUUACAUUAUCCAUCUAGCUCUUUCUGAGCAUAGACAGUUCGGUCUUCACUGGCAGCGUGGUGUAUGCGACCUCAAAGAAGCAGCAAAGAAUACGCAAAAUUUUUUUUACAAAAUGACAGCAGACCGUAAAGUAAAUAAUUCAAUGGAUGAAAUAAAGGCAGUGAGAUUAUCAUAUGACGAGAAAGUGCUAUCUCCAGGUCCAGAUCUCUGCAAAUUGUCCCUCACUGGUGCAAAAUGGACAAUCCGUAAAAGACAGAUAUUGGAAAGGCAAAAUUAG